UCCCCCCUACCCCCCAAAAAGUCUACAUUUAUAGUUUUAUAAUUCAAAAAGCAAAAAAAAAAAAAAAAAAAAAAAAAGUAGACAUGAGAUAAAAAUGCCAGCCAUAGUUCCGAACAAGGGCAGAAGAGGCGUGUCUUCCUUCUGCUAUUCGCCCAUCCGGAUUUCCAGUUUAGUUUGUCACGGGUCUCCUGACAAAACCCUGUUUAAAAAAAAAUUGAAUGAAAAUGGUCUAAAUGGCGUCAUUGGGUAGUGUGACUAUGGACGAUUUAAAAACAAAACGAUUUUCUCUAAAUAUUCUAUGAGCAUGUAUUUUUACACUGGAUAAAAAAGGGGAGAGUCGGUUAUUGGUAGAGGGGGGAGGGACUAGACAGCAGGCGUAUUGCAUUCCACGAAGCUGAUUUAAUAAGUGCUGUCUGUGAUGUUUGGCAAGCCUGGUUUAUAUCCAUCUACAAGGUUUGCGAACCCAUGUUGCCGAUUUUUUUUUUCUGCUACAGAACAACUCCCUUGGUACAAUAAAAAAAGACGAGUAUUUACUUUUCAUUGAAAGUGGAAGAACCUGAAAAGGAGCCAGGAAAGAAGCAACUGGAAAAGAAUGGACCUUGCUUGGUAUUUCAGUAGAUAAAGAAUUUAAGGAGAGUAUCUUUGUUCUCCUUGGCAACUGAGAGUCUGCCCUGGGAAACAUCAGGCACCAUGGGGAAGCGGGAUAAUCGGGUAGCUUAUAUGAAUCCUAUAGCAAUGGCCAGAUGGAGAGGCCCAACUCAAUCUGUGGGCCCAACAAUCCAAGAUUAUCUGAAUCGACCAAGGCCCACCUGGGAAGAAGUAAAGAAACAAUUAGAAAAUAAAAAAAGAGGCUCAAAAGCAUUAGCUGAAUUUGAAGAAAAAAUGAAUGAAAAUUGGAAGAAAGAACUUGAAAAAAGCAGACAGAAAUUAUUAAGUGGAAAUGAGAGCUCCUCUAAAAAAAAGAAAGAAAGAGAAAGAGAAAGAAGAAAUCUUGUCGGUCCUUCAUCUCCUUCAUCAAGCUCUGAUUCUUCAAGCAGUUCUUCAGAUUCUGAGGAUGAGGAAAAGAAACAAGGAAAAAAGAGAAAAAAGAAGAACCGUUCAUACAAAUCAUCACAAAGCUCUACAUAUGAAUCAGAAUCAGAGAGCAAGGAGUCUGUAAAAAAGAAAAAGAAGUCAAAGGAUGAAACAGCGAAAGAAAAGGAUGUGAGAAGCCUCAGCAAAAAAAGAAAGAAAAGUUAUCCUGAUGAUGAUUUCUCAUCUGAGUCCUCAUCUGAAUCAGAUUAUGAAGAGGAUGUGCAAGCCAAAAAGAAGAGAAGGUGUGAAGAGCGAGAACAAGCAAAGGAAAAGGUCAAGAAGAAGAAGAAGAAACAGCACAAGAAACAUAGUAAGAAGAAGAAAAAGAAGUCUGGUCCAAGUCACAAGUCAAGAUAACAUAAAAAAAAAAAAAAAGCAACAAUGAGUUUACCGAGUUUCCCUGUGUCAGUAGAAUUAUUCUGGACUUUGAGCUGUCAGUCAAAUCCCACUGUGCCAGAAAGGGGCAUAAUGGCUGCCCGCAACUUAAAUAUACGCUUUUGUUUGUUUGCUUGUCCUUCCUUCCAGUGGUUAAUUCCUCUGGGAGCUAAAAUUUUCUUGUCAUACCAGUGAAUAAAAUGUUUGAAAUUAAAGUAAAACGUGUUAGAUAACGAAUAACUUUGACAAGAAAUAAGUGUAUCUAAGGUUUAAGUGUAUCUUAUUUGAAUACAUCUUUGAAAUAUAAUCAGAAAUUUCCAGAUAAUGGUAGCUGGUGUUUUUGAUGCAAGGACUUAACAUUGAUGUCUCAAUUCCUUGCUUUUGUAGAUAAGUUUAGUUCAUUUACUUUUCUCUUUAAUGUAUCUUUGUUUACAUGGGGAAGAGCAUGUGGGGUGGGAAGGGCAAGUGUUUGCUAAUCACUGUGGCUAGCUGAAUAGUGUGCCUUUGACUCUUACACAUCCUAUUUUUGCCAGAGCAGCAGCCAUCUGUUUCUUACUUAAUGAAAUUCUGGGAUGUUGUAUGCUGCUUCAAGUGAACAAGAAGGACCGAAGUUUACAGCAUAAGUAAGACCCCAUAUCUAUGAAAUUUACCUCUUCUUCAGCACUGUUCACUAUACAGUAUUGAAUAAUAUUUAGUAUUACAAUAUUACAUGAUUUGAAGUAACUUUUAUACCCAUUUUGUAUGGGAAUCAUUUUAAACAGACCCUGAUGGUUUUUGAUUAGGAAAUAUUCUGAAAUUGUUUUUGCAUGUUUUAUACUAUUAAGUUUUAGUUAUCUGGCCAUAUUCUAUAUAAUUGGUGAUCCUUUUAUAAGAUAUGAUUCAUGCUUAGGUUAUAAGUUUCAAGUUUGUGAUUUCUUAAUCUUGCUAUAUUAAUUUCAUUACUGUGUUUAAUUGCACCCUUGCCAAAAUAUUUAGCAUGUGAAAAGAUUUUUUAAGAACAUAUGUAAUGCCUUCAUAUUGAAGCUGGUUACUGUACGCAAGUUAAGUGCCAGACCUCUAUCUAGUACGCUAUGUGUUACAUAAAACUACUGCCAAAAUCUUAGUAAGGUUGCUGUUGAAAAGAUUUUUGUCUUAAGCAUUAAUGUUGAAAUAUUAUAGGAGUUAAAUUUAGGUGAUAGUGACAUCAUUGAUCUUCCUGUGUCCAUAUUUUACUACAAUUUGGUGCCUUGUAUCUGUUGCUGGUUCACUUUUACCACUAAUGUAAAAUAAGUGAAAAAAUAUUUUAUGUUACGUUUUUAUAUAUCAGAGUAACAUAAAUUAUAAAUUUAUGUCUCAAAAACCACCUGUGAUGGAGGAUGUGCUAAUUGUAAUGUCAUAGGUACAAAGUAUUUUGGCACGAUGAAAAGCUAAAUAGCUAUUGGUUUUAAAUAGCAGAUUUUAUCUCAGCUACCUUCGAUUACAAGUAAAAUUAUAAAGGUAAAAAACAUCUGCUAGAUAAAUAACAUGUUGGCUUGCCAAAUUUUUUGCAUUGGAAAUACUGGAAUCUCUCAUUAAGGUUCUUGGAACUUUAUAGUGAUGCCAUGUUAGAUCACCUUGGAGCUUCAUAACUUUAGCUUUUUCCUAAAACUAUGUUUAUGCUGAUAAAAACUAUUGCAUUUAUGGGAUUUUUUGUAUCCAUAUAGAGUUUUUCAAAAUGUUCAUUAAAAUGCUUUCAUACGUUUAUAUUGUUUGUAGAAUAUGGCAAAAGUAUUUACAGCUCAUCAUGUAUCUUUCUGCUCCCAUUCACUUCCAAACUUCUUGUAGUUAGGCAAUGUCAUUUAACUACUUCAAGCAGAGGGAUUGUAAACAGAAGUGCUUUUGCAUUUCCAUGUUGGAGCUGUAAAAAUUUCUGCAUGACCCUCCAGUUUUCUUUCGCCUGUGAUGGUGACGUGAAAGCAAGUUGUUCCAAAUGGGAUACUUACAAGAUGGAUGUAACCUGGGUCCAUAAGUGACAAUUUAGAAGGACCUGACUGGAGUGCUGAUGGACUUGCAGUAAACUUUUUAAAGUAAGAAAUAAACUGUUAUAUGUUAA